UGUUUCAAGCUACCAUGAUUGCUUUUGUAAAGCUAUUUGACAGUAGGUUCAUUUUAAUGAAACUGUUUUAUUUAAGGUUGGUAAAUAUGAAAAUGGCACACUGGAUAUUGACCUUACAAAAAUGAAGUUCUAUCUUGAUGCUGGAGUUACAGAUAUGACAAAAUACACUUCAACCUGCCCAGAAAAGUGCAUAACUUGUAUUCAACAGAUUGAAGAAAGAGACAAGUUUCCUGUGAUUUACAUAGAAGGUGAUAUUUUGAUUAUGGCUGGGUUCCCCAUCCAUGUGCAAGGGGAUAAACCAUUCACUUGUGGAGCAGUCCGAUGGGGAGCAGGAGUUGACCUUGUUGAAGCUUUUUUGUUUGCACUAGAACAAGUCAAUAGACAACCUCGUACAGGAAUAUUCAAAGAUAUUACAAAGGAUAUGACAAUUGGGGCAAUCAUAUUUGAUACAUGCUACAGCCAGUUAAGAAGCCAACAGUUCAUAUACUCAGUCUUCACUGGUGAAACCAAGCUUACU